AUGAAAGACGAUAAUACUACUCCCGUUCCCCUUUCUUUCUCAUUCAUUUUCUCCCUGUCAACUUGUCUCUCUUUCUACCACUUUCUCUUUUUCUUUCUUUCAUUCACUCUUUUUCUUCAAUUACCUGCAUUUCUUCUUUUUUUUCUUUAUUUCUUUCUUUCCUUCUUUCUUUCUUUCUUUCUUUCUUUCUUUCUUUCUGAUGAUUCUUUCUUUUUUCAGUAUAUUUUUCUUUUACAUUUUUCUUUCUUUCUUUCUUUCUUGUUUAUAAGUUUUCUUUCUUUUUCAGUUUUCUUUCUUUAUAAGCUUUCUUUCUUUAUGAGUUUUCUUUCUUUUUCAGUUUUCUUUCUUUGUCAGUUUUCUUUCUUUAUAAGUUUUCUUGAUUUUUCUGUUUCUUUUAAAGGUUUUUUCAAUUUUUCUUUCUUUCUAAGUUUUCUUGCUUUUUCAGUUUCUUUUAAAGGUUUUUUUUCCAAUGUUCUUUCUUUCUUUCUUUCUUUCUUUCUAAGUUUUCUUGCUUUUUCAGUUUUUUUAAAGGUUUUUUUUCAAUGUUCUUUCUUUCUUUCUUUCUUUCUUUCUUUCUUUCUUUCUUUCUUUCUAAUUUCUUUUAAAGUUUUUUUUCAAUGUUCUUUCUUUCUUUAUGAGUUUUCUUUCUUUAUAAGUUUUCUUGCUUUUUCAGUUUUCUUGCUUUUUCAGUUUCUUUUAAAGGUUUUUUUCCAAUGUUCUUUCUUUCUUUAUGAGUUUUCUUUCUUUAUGAGUUUUCUUGCUUUUUCAGAUUCUUUUAAAGUUUUUUUUCAAUGCUCUUUCUUUCUUUCUUUCUUUCUUUCUUUCUUUCUUUAUGAGUUUUCUUUCUUUUUCAUUUUCUUGCUUUUUCAGUUUCUUUUAAAAGUUUUUUUUCCAGUGUUCUUUUUUCUUUCUUUCUUUCUUUCUUUCUUUCUUUCUAAUGUUCUUUCUUUCUUUCUUUCUUUCUUUCUUUCUUUCUUUCUUUCUUUCUUUCUAAUGUUCUUUCUUUCUUUCUUUCUUUCUUUCUUUCUUUCUUUCUUUCUAAUGUUCUUUCUUUCUUUCUUUCUUUCUUUCUUUCUAAGUUUUCUUGCUUUUUCAGUUUCUUUUAAAGGUUUUUUCCAGUGUUCUUUCUUUCUUUCUUUCUUUCUUUCUUUCUUUCUUUCUUUCUUUCUAAUGUUCUUUCUUUCUUUCUUUCUUUCUUUCUUUCUUUUCUUUCUAAGUUUUCUUGCUUUUCAGUUUCUUUUAAAGGUUUUUUCCAAUGUUCUUUCUUUCUUUCUUUCUUUCUUUCUUUCUUUCUUUCUUUCUAAGUUUUCCUUGCUUUUUCAGUUUCUUUUAAAGGUUUUUUCCAGUGUUCUUUCUUUCUUUCUUUCUUUCUAA